AUCAAGUCGGUAGUGUAAAAUGGUGUUAGUGCUUCUCGCGAGCUUCUUAUCUUGAUGGUUGGCUGUGCAUAUAUCUUGAUGAAUUUUGGAAUUCAUUUGGAUAUUUCGUACGUUUCUGAAGGAAAUUAACAUUAAAUUUCGCAUAUUGUUCACGUAUAGGAUUUUAAUACACAUUUUCCAUAUAAAUCAAUCGUUAUAUCAGGUUUCUUGGAUUUGUGAAGUGACAUAGUUAUUUACGAGCUGUUGUGUUGGUGAAAUGUUGUCUCAACUUCCUGUACAUGGCGAAGACUCAUGAGCGUCGUCAGUCGUGUUGAAUAGUCAAACGCUAUUGUUCAAACGGUGUUUUAUCCUUUUUACAAGAACUUUUUCCAGCCAAAUUGAUCCGGUUGUAUCAUCUGAAUCAAUUAUAUUGUGCCAGUUGUGUGUGAAAAUGAUGAACAUGGAAACGGAUGAGAUUAUCGAAGACACAAACACGAAUCUUCAGUAUCCAAUAACAAUACUUUAUGACCCUACUCGCAAGAAAGAACUGCCAUCUGGGGUAUCUGCACAAUAUAGGCAAGAAAAGGAAACUUGUAUGAAACUCUUUGAGAAGUGGAGUGAACCCGAACAAGUUAACUUUGUUGAACAAUUAUUAACAAGAAUGUGUCAUUAUCAGCAUGGUCACAUCAAUGCAUAUCUGAAACCAAUGUUGCAGAGAGAUUUUAUUUCUCUACUACCAAAAAAAGGAUUGGAUCAUGUGGCAGAAAGUAUUCUUUCAUAUCUAGAUGCUGAUUCAUUAAUUGCUGCUGAAUUAGUAUGUAAAGAAUGGCUCAGAGUAAUUAGUGAAGGAAUGCUUUGGAAGAAAUUAAUUGAAUGUAAAGUUCGGACUGAUUCAAUAUGGAGAGGUCUUGCAGAAAGGAGAGGAUGGAUUCAGUAUUUGUUCAAACCAAGGCCGGGGGAAAGUCACCCAAAUCACAAUUUCUAUAGAUCUCUUUAUCCCAAAAUAGUUAAAGAUAUUGAUAGUAUAGAUAACAAUUGGAGAAUGGGAAGAUUUAAUCUUCAACGAAUAAAUUGUAGAAGUGAAAAUUCGAAAGGUGUUUACUGUUUACAAUAUGAUGAUCAAAAAAUUGUCUCUGGUCUUAGAGACAAUACAAUUAAAAUCUGGAACAGAAAUACACUACAGUGCAAUAAAGUGUUAACAGGACACACUGGUUCUGUUUUAUGUUUACAGUAUGAUGACAAAGCAAUAAUAUCUGGUUCCUCUGAUAGCACUGUAAGAGUUUGGGAUGCUAAUACUGGAGAAAUGGUUAAUACAUUGAUACACCAUUGUGAGGCAGUUCUACAUCUCAGAUUUAAUAAUGGCAUGAUGGUCACUUGUUCAAAGGAUCGUUCAAUUGCUGUAUGGGAUAUGACAUCACAAACGGAAAUUGCAUUAAGAAGGGUAUUAGUGGGGCAUAGGGCAGCAGUAAAUGUUGUUGAUUUUGAUGAAAAAUAUAUCGUUUCUGCUAGUGGUGAUAGGACUAUUAAAGUAUGGAAAACAUCUACUUGCGAAUUUGUGCGAACAUUAAAUGGACAUAAACGGGGUAUAGCGUGUUUGCAAUAUAAGGAUUGCUUAGUAGUUAGUGGUAGCAGUGAUAAUACAAUCAGAUUAUGGGAUAUUGAAUGUGGUGCGUGCUUACGCGUCCUAGAAGGACAUGACGAAUUGGUCAGAUGUAUUAGAUUUGAUAGCAAGCACAUAGUUAGUGGAGCUUAUGAUGGAAAAAUUAAAGUAUGGGAUUUGGUGGCUGCACUAGAUCCACGUGCUCUAACUAACUCGCUUUGUAUACGUACAUUAGUGGAACACACAGGUCGUGUAUUUCGUCUUCAGUUCGAUGAGUUCCAGAUAGUAUCGUCGUCACACGAUGAUACAAUAUUAAUAUGGGAUUUUCUGAAUUUUAAUUCAUCAAAUGGAUCUGUAUCAUCUUGUGGGCCUGCAGCAAUAAAUGCAUCAGGUGUGAAUCAAUCUGAUACUAGAUCUCCAUCUCCAUUUGAGUGACGCAUCCCUAUGAAUAUUCCUUCAUUGUGAUAUAAUUACAAGUGAUUAGUGAGUGAGUUCAAUGUGUUCACGGUAGUGUACGCAGAAAAUGAAGAAUCAGUGUCCAGUGUGAACAGCGCCUAGAAAAAAAAGAAAAUCUCAGCAAAACACGGUCAUUGAUUUUGGUUUAUUAUUUGCUGUGAAAAGCAAAAGAAAUUCUCUCAAUAAUAGGAUAUAUAUGGGGUGACACAUAAAACUACGAAUUAAUUUAUAUGCGCUUGACGCACUGCGUUUAGUAACGAACAGUAUAAUUAAAAAUCACAUAAAUACAUCCCAUGGAUGUAAACAAUUGUUUGCUUUGGCCAUAUUUGGAAUUCUUCUACGCUCUAUGACAUGAUAGAAGUUGACCACUUUCCUACUACUAUGAAAAAAAGACUUACGAUACGUAAAGAAAAUGAAAAUGUUUUUAGGCUGGAUACACUUAAUAAGAUGGUAGCUGUAUUAUAGUAAAUUAAUAAUUUCUUUUUUUUUAAUGUAAUUAAUUUAUAGUAAGGAGAUUGUAAAAUGCCGUUUGAUUGGAGUACUUAUCUGGUGUGAAUGUGGACAUUCAAGUCUUGGUAUGUGGAAGGAUUAUUAUAACUAUCAUAUUUCAUUACCUUUUAAAUCUAGCUAAUGUGAAUUACUAUACCCAUGUUUAGUAUUAUAGAUGUACAGCCGUUAAUCGAAGACAUAGUAGUUUCCAUGGACAUUAAUUUUAUGAAAUUUAUAUUAUAUAUUGAAAAGUAAAUGGAAAGCUAAUAACCUCUGCACAGUCAUUGAUAUAAAAUACCAUUUGCAUUUAAAAUAUAAAGUUUCAUUAUACCGAGAUGUAAAUAUUGAUUCAUAAAAAAGCAAUAUAGUGACUCUGAGGUAAUCUUAGCUGCUGUGAAGAAAUUAUUGUGUUUUGACUAAUGAUCUCGGAUCAUAUGUUUCAACUUUUGUUUAAGCUACAUCACAUUUUCAAUUAUAAGUUAUAAGUGUGCUCUGAACAAUAUUAUAUGAGUUAAAAUAUAAUUGUCAUUUUCGAGAUUUUAUAAAUGCUAUCAACGACAUUAUUUUUAUUCCUAUGGUAGUAGUAGCACUAAGAAAAAUAUGUUUACUUCUUGAUAUAUUGAAUAAUAGAAUAAACAUGAUAUCUUCUCAAAUUUUUCACGAAAUAGUAAUAUAUAUAUAUAUAAAUAUAUAUACAUAUAUAUUUCAGUAAAUAUUGCGACAGUGAUUCGAUAUUUUGACCACAUUGAACAAUUCAAAGCCAAGCUUACAAAUAUGUAAUCCUUGAUAUUAAUUUCAAUACAUAUAUUUUAAAUUUUAUACAACAUAGAUUUUGCAUGAGAAUUAAAUUGUGAAUAUGUGCUUAAAAGAAGAAAAAAGAAAGGAAUUAAAUAUCACAGAUAAAAUAUGUCAAGUUACUUGACUUUUGCAUUACAUAAGUAACAGAUAGUGUAUUUAGUAGUACUUGUACAUUAUUCUAAUAUUAUACAAAUUUUUACAUCAAAAGUAAAAAAUAUUAUGCAAAAUUAUGAACUGCAUGUAGUCAAAUCGGGUACAAAGAAUUGUGAUUUUUAAGCUAGAAUGAUGGCAUGAAAAAUUUUCUAUAACUUUAUGGUAUGUAUAUAUGGGACUCCAGUGCAAACAUUACUUUUGUAGUAUGCAGCAUCUUCUCAAUUCAUAAAAUUUAAUGAAAAACAUAGUGCAUAAUAGAGAAAAAUAGUGUAGCUGUGACAGUUAUUAAGAUAAUCUCUUUGUAAGCACAUACUUCAUUAUAUUACAGCUAUCUAAAUACGUACAUAUAUAGGUAGUAUUAAUUAUAUAUUGCUGUUUCUUGGAUUCCACUUUGGAAUGUAAAAAUAUAAGUAUAUAUAUUUUUUAUUUAGAUUGGGGUCUUAAAAUACUUCGGUGAAUCCAAUAUGUAAAAUUUCUUUAUACAAAAAAUUGUUUAUUUCAUAGUAAUUAUGAUAAUUAUUUAGAGAUAGAAAAUACAAAACCCUGAGAUAUUUAAUUUCUAAAAGUUUCGUAAAGAGCGACAAUGUGUCUUAUACAUAAUUUAGUUUUGAUCAUAACGUAAAUGUUACAUUUGUUCAAAAUAAUAUUAUGACAAGAAGUAUCUUUAAGAAAACAUUGUGAUGUUUAUUGUUAAUAUUAACAUAAAGUUUCAUGUAUGAAAUUAAUUACACAAGAAUAAUAUGAAGGCUGUGGAAAAGCUAUACUUGAAAUACAAUACCUAUGCAAGAA